AUGAGAUUAACGCGACAAAACCAAGGUGAGACCACGCCUUUCACCAUGCAGCUACCCAGUAAACCUUCUGACAAGCUACUCCUCGCAGCACAUACGCCGCUCUUUCCGCGCGAGGACACCAGUUGUGAGACUAACGGGAAGGUCAAAGGUCAAGCCUGUUUAGUGGAGGCCGUGUUGUAUGAGAACAAGCUGAUGAGGAACCAGCGAGAGCUGAAUGAAUUUCGUGCGACCUCACUGAUCCGUCACUUUAUAGACCGAACAGCCUUGAUUGUACCUUUACCUAGUCCUCCGAAGAUCCUUCACUUUAAAAACCCAAUAGUCCUGAUUGUUCCUUUACCUAAUCCUCCCCAGAUCCGACGCUUUACAGGCCCUGUAGCUAUGACUAUCCGUCACUUUAUAGACCGAAUAGCCUUGAUUGUACCUUUACCUAGUCCUCCGAAGAUCCGUCACUUUAAAAACCCAAUAGUCCUGAUUGUACCUUUACCUAAUCUUCCCCAGAUCCGUCACUUUAAAGACCCAAUAGUUCUGAUUGUUCCUUUACCUAAUCUUCCCCAGAUCCGUCACUUUAAAGAUCCAAUAGUCCUGAUUAUCCGUCACUUUAAAGACCCAAUAGUUCUGAUUGUGCCUUUACCUAGUCCUCCGAAGAUCCGUCACUUUAUAGACCGAAUAGCCUUGAUUGUACCUUUACCUAGUCCUCCGAAGAUCCGUCACUUUAAAAACCCAAUAGUCCUGAUUGUACCUUUACCUAAUCUUCCGCUGAUCCGUCACUUUAAAGAUCCAAUAGUCCUGAUUAUCCGUCACUUUAAAGACCCAAUAGUCCUGAUUGUACCUUUACCAAAUCCUCUCCAGAUCCGACACUUUAAAGACGGAAUGGCCUUGAUUGUACCUUUACCUAAUCAUCAGAAGAUCCGACACUUUUUAGACCAAAUAGCCUUGAUUGUACCUUUACCUAAUCUUCCCCAGAUCCGUCACUUUAAAAACCCAGUAGUCCUGAUUAUCCGUCACUUUAAAGAUCCAAUAGUCCUGAUUGUUCCGUUACCUAAUCCUCCCCAGAUCCGACGCUUUACAGACCCCGUAGCUAUGACUGUACCUUUACCUAAUUCUUCUCAGAUCUGA